AGUUGUUGGCGUCAAUCUGAUCUCAGGUCGGUGCUGGUUUCGCGCCUCCAGUCUGCGACCACGUGUCUCUCUCCGGCCUGCCAGUGGACCAUGUGGAGCAGCAAGAUGGCGGCGCGGUGGAGGGGGAAAGACGGGCAUUUAAAUACCGGCAACAGCGACUUUCUGGCCUCCGACACUUCACACGAGCUGGUCCUGAGUAGACGUGAUGUGGAGGGUGUGGAGAUGGACACACAGUCCUGCGUGGAUCACUCAAUCCUGGCCAUUUUUGAGGACUCAACCAUCACAUCAGAGGAUAAGAGUGGAGCGGAGGAAGAGAGUCAGACGCUGCUGUCGGCCCUGACUGAGAUGCUGGACAGUGUGGAGGAUGAUGAUGGGACUCUGUCUCCCUUUGACACCCUACCAGACACCAAGCUGCUCACCCACACAGAGCGCACGGACAGUUCAGAGGAACUGACACUUGCUGACAGACUUAGACCAAGGUCCAAAUCAGCAAAUAUAUCAUUCACAAUAAAGAUUGAUGGAGAAAAGAAAGAUAAAAGCAAACUGGAGAGAAGCAGCCCUCCACAGCUGUUCAAACAACAGAGUCAAACAUUGUUUCACUCCAGAGAUAAGAAAGCGGAGGCUGAAGUCGAGGUCUUCACCACCACCUCUCUUGUCAACCUGGUGAAGCUCAUGCACCCCUACUGCCUGAAGCUGCACGUGGAAGAGGAGGACGGCAAACAAAGACAGAAUCGAACAGUAUUCUCUCAGGAAGAGGUGUGGAAGUACGAGAGACCCAGUGAAGACAGCGAUGAGGAGAUAAAUGUUGUGUCUGAUGACGAGGUAACUGUGGAAGACACAAAAGCGGGGGAUGAAAAGAGAAAUAAUGACAGCCUCUUAAAGAGCGCACUACUGAAUGGAAGCUCAUCUAGAACGACACCAUCCAAGGAGAAGAAACGAGUGAGCUUUGGCCCGGUUCAAGUGGCUUCAUUUGAUGAUUCGGUAGAAAAGGGAUUGAAUGAGAGAAAUCACACAAGUGGGAACACAAGUGAAACUGUGUCAAAUCCACUGAACGGCACCAAAGCACUUGAAUCCGAAACAACGUCCUCAGUAAUGAACAGUAACAAGGCGGAUGAGGCAACGCCACUUAAAGGUGAGACAAAAGCCAAAUCACUCAGCCUCCAACAGUACAGGCAGCUGCGCCAAAAGAGGCGGCCCCUGGUGGAGAAACAGGGGAACUACAUGACCAAGUGGCCCUCUGUUCCCGAGCCCCCCAAAGAGCUGACCCCCAUCCUCGAUUUACAGGGACAAAGACAAAACAGCUUUGGACCAAAGACGGCGCACCAUUAUCCACCAAGUGGUGCUGAUCAGCUGCAUAGAUCUCAAACUCCUGCUCACAAGACCCACCACACCUCUGCUCUGCACAGGCCCCGCCCCUCAGAGGCCAAACCAUCCCCUCAUCUAUGUCACAGCGGAUUAAAACACUCAAGGACUGCAUCCGUAAUCACCUCAGCUGCCAGUCUGCUGUCAGACGCCACAGCUCAUGUCAGAGUGCCUGAAAAAAGUCCAGUAAAGAAACCAGCACAGUUCAGUAGUGACCCUCCAAACCCUGUCCUCCUCCCUCUACCAGCCAGCCGAACAACAUCACCAACCACUGAGCACUCCUCGCCAGAGUCCAAAGUGGACGUCCUCGUCAGAGACUCCAACCUCGACAGCACCAAGCACUUUCCAGAAAUCCAAAAUGAAUCCUCAGGCCUUCAAAGACAGCCAUCCUCCUCAGGACUGAAGCCUGAGGUGUUAGUAAACCAGGUCUACACCACUCUGUUCAAGGACAUUAAAAACAAGCUUACUGAGAUGGCUUCAGGCAUCUCCUUCAGAUCUCCAGCACUGCCCCCAACCACAACACAAACUGAAUCCUCCUCAGAGUGCAACAAACUACAGCUUCAAAGAUGCAGCCUGAACCUGACGAAAGAAACCAAGCUGGAACCAGAGACUCCCAAGUCAAGAAGUUCAGAUACAGUGAAGACACAUGACUCAGGAAUUGAAGCACCUGAUCUGACCAGCCUGCUGGAACAGUUUGAGGAAACGCAAGCUAAAGAGGAGAGGGUGUGUGAGAACGAGCCAGAGCCCAAACGCACUGUUUUACCCUCAAACCUGCAAACAGAUGGACAUGUGGACUUGGACAGGACUCCGUCUGUAGGAACGCACAGAGGCUCUACGGAAGCACUUGAUAACUUAAGCACUUCAGAAUCCCCCGAGAAUCCAAAAACCUUCAAGAAUCUACAAAUGUCGGAGUGUGCACACAUCCCAGAGCCCCUCGGCACUGAAAUCAUCCUCAGCACUCAACAAGAUCUGCCCGCAAGACGCAAAAAUCUUCCCUCCAAGGCCAUUCAGAUUAUCGACCCCCGUCCCUUGCCGUCCAAGAAGACACACGCCAACCUGUCAGAGCUCCCUGCUGCUCACGCCUCUCCUCAUACGUACUCAUCUGUAUGCUCCGAUCAUGAUUACUGCGGGCCAGUAGACCGUUCUGGUCAGCGCAGCAGAGCCUCUAAACUCAAGGACGUUUCUAUAAGCUCUGAUGCAUCGACCUACGACUCACGUGCUGCUGCUGAAUGCAUAAAACAGACCUCACCUGUUGAGGCUGCUGAGACUUCUGCAAAGUCUGUGGUGCAGCAUCCCUCCAAGCAACCAUGCAACGUGUCCGCAGACGAAGUUGCGGCGCUCUCAGAAAGCGCUGCCGCAGAGCAAGACUGCAGUUGUGCAGCGGAAGACAAAACAGCCCCAUGCACUCUCCCCACACCUCCACCCAGCCCUCCUGCCAGGGGGCGGGACAAAAGACGAUAUCGGAGAAGAUCUCCUCGUUCUGACUCCGGCUCCAGCUCCUCAUCAUCGUCAUCUUCCUCCAGCUCUGCAUCUCCCUCUCCAAAAAGACAAAAGCAUCGUCACAAGCGGUCAGAGAGCAGCUCGUGUUCGUCGUCCUCUCGCUCUCGCUCUCGCUCCUAUUCCCGCUCCCCACCUCGGCGUUACAGGUGGUCUUACUCAAGAUCAAGGUGUAGCAGGUCAAGAUCCAGAUCUUGGUCCCAGUCUAGGUCCCCAUCCAGAUCCAGAUCGCCAUCUCCACAGGUUUGCCAUAGACGCUGGAGAGAUGUUUACAGCCGCAGAGAGUCCAGGAAGCUCAGGAGAGAGCACGAGAUCAGGAUCCAGAAACUUAAAGCCAUAGAUGAGCGCAGGGUGGUGUAUGUCGGCCGCAUCCGCAAGUCCAUGACACACAACGAACUGAGGGAACGCUUCUCUCAGUUCGGAGAUGUCGAAUGUGUGUCUCUUCACUUUAGAGACAGAGGCGACCACUACGGCUUUGUCACAUUCUACAACAUGGACGAUGCUUUUGCGGCCAUAGAUAACGGCGGCAAACUACGGAAGCCCGAUGAGCUGCCGUUUGACAUCUGCUUUGGUGGAAGAAGACAGUUCUGUAACUCAGACUACGCCGACCUCGACGCGAACAGAGACUCAGAGCCGUCUCCUGCCAAGAGCAGGUUUGAGGACCUUGACUUUGACUCGCUGCUGAAACAGGCCCAGAGAGGAUUAAAGAGGUAGCAGAGCUGUGUGGGAGGACACCACCACCAGGCUGGAUAUGUCGAAGAUGAAAAGAACAUUUUUCAUGAACCUCAGAGCUUUAUGCUCUUACUUUAUGUAGCAAACGUGUGUCUGUCGGUCUGUUUUUCAGUGUUUUGACUCUAAUAUGCAUGCAGUUUCUGACAUGUACAGUUAAUAUGUACAAAUGUGUAGCACUGUUAAAUUUGAUAACAUGGUAUUAAUGGAACCUACUAAAGAUUUUUGCUUCAUUCCAUAACGAUGAUUAAAGAGUUUUGUAUAUUUUAUGUUAAAAAAAAUAAAGGUUCUUUUUUGUGUUUCCUGA